AUGGUUGAACUCAAACUUUUCGUAGAAGAAGUGAAGGAAUUUGUUCGAGCAGAUCCUCUUUUAAUAGCCAGGCCAGGUGAAACAGAUCUCCUUUGGUGCUUCAAUGAACCAAGUGUCCUGGAUAAGUUUGUGGCGACAAGCGACAGUGAUCACAAUGAGGGAUACAGUACUUGCAGUUUUGACAUGAGCCCAGCAGGACGUGCACGAUUUCAUGGCUGCCUCGAUGUCAGGGUGCCUAAAGAUGGUCGAAUUAAAAAGGCUGGAUACUGCGCCGUGCGAUCUAAAAGAGCCAGGAAAUCCUUCAAACGUAAGACGACAUACGAUUGGCAUCUAUACAACACACUUGUGUUAAAAGUCAGAGGUGAUGGUAGAUCAUAUCUACUCAACAUAUCCUGUGAAGGAUAUUACGACAUAACUUGGAAUGAUAUUUAUCAUUACGUUCUGUAUACAAGAGGUGGACCGUAUUGGCAAAUUGCCAAGAUACCAUUUUCAAAGUUCAUAUUGGGAUCAAAGGGACGAAUACAAGAUAAACAAAACAGAAUGAGAUUUGACAGGGUAACACACUUCGGUAUAACGUGCGCAGACAAGAUAAAUGGUCCAUUCAAUCUAGAAAUUGAGUAUAUUGGUCUGGAGUUUGAUCCAACCCAUGAUGAGGAGUUUGCUUAUGAAAUGUACAAAACUGAUAAAUAUAUAGUAGGAGUA